AUAAGAACGAGUGCGAAUCAAACGUUGGGUGCGAUAUUUGUCAGUCCCAAGUGUUUGAAGCCAAGAUGAAGAUUAUAGUUCUUGCCGCCUUUUUCGCCUUCGCUUUGGCCAUGCCGAAGCGCAUGGUAUUGCCACGUCUUCCGGCUUCGGUCAUCCUGAGCGGCAAAUACCAGCUCAUCCCUGAAGACAAAAUCGUCGGUGGAGCAGUUGUGGCACCCAACUAUCUUCCCUUCCAGGUUUCCCUGCAACGUUUGAGCGGAACUACUGGCCAGUAUUCGCAGUCUUGCGGUGGUUCCAUCCUCGACGACAGCACCAUCCUCAAUGCUGCCCACUGUGUCCGAGGAGUUGACCCUGCUUCAAUGCUCAUUGUUGCCGGCGAGCACAGCUUAUCCCAGGAAAGUGGCCUCGAACAGAACCGCUUUGUGAUCAAUACAACAGUUCACGAAAGAUACGAUUUCUUAACUUACGAGAACGACAUCUCCCUUAUCUUCUUGGAGUCCCCUUUAGAUCUGAGCGUCCCUUCUGCUCGGCCAAUUUUGUUACCUCCGCCCACGGAAGAAUUUGACCCUCCGUCUGGACUCUUGCUCACCGUUUCAGGAUGGGGUACCACUAGCCUUGGCGGAGUCAUUUCCGACCAACUGCGCAGUGUCGAUGUACCAGUUGUAGACGAUGCCACUUGCAAUUAUGCCUAUGGCGGCUCUACCCAAAAUCCAGACGUCUUUCCUUCCAUGAUCUGCGCUGGCGACAUGUCGCCGGGCGGGAUUGAUUCUUGUCAAGGUGAUUCUGGCGGACCUCUCUUCCUACUCCCUCUGGAUGGCAAUGUUACUGAAGCACGACAGAUUGGUGUCGUCUCGUGGGGAAGAGGCUGCGCUAUCUCUGCCUUUCCUGGUGUGUACACUCAGGUGUCCUACUUUUUGGACUGGAUAGCCGACAACAGAGUUUGAACUCUGCUUGCCGACCAAUACAAGACGACCAAUCAUCUUUAUU